CGGUUUGGAAUAAUUUUCAGAACAGAUUUUCUCAUCUUUCCCGCUUCCCACUUCCCGUACCGCGUGGUCCGGCCAGAUCAUUCCCCGGUCACGAGAGAGAAUAAAAUCAAGAGCAAGAGCGAGAGAGACCACGCGCGCCAAUAGUAGGGGUACAAUAAUAAUAAAAUUCAACAGUCACGUACCCGCCAGAUUCUACAUGGCAUGUACCAGAUCGACUGUGAGAGGGUCGUCGUCAUUUUGGUGUCAGUUUAUUUUCAGCAUUCGGUGGUGGUUAACCGAGCAAGGGGCCUAGGCAGCAGCACCAGCAGAAGUGUAGUAGCUCGAAGGCGAUGGCAAUUUGAUCUGCCAUUUUAGAUUUACCAGAAAAUUGUUAUCCGGGCGAACGGGUAUUAGAAGUUUCUGCGCAAAUGUCCGGUCUUAACGGAGCAGCCACAAUGACCAACGGACAGACUCCGGUUGCAGCCACGGCGGCGGCGGCAGCGGCUGGAACCUUCAAAGAUGAAUUGGACGACUUUGAGCGCUUCGCCCUGGAGAACUUGGUUCGGAACGAGUGGGGUCUGAAGGUGGCCACCCUCAAUCGGUUGAUGUACUGCGGAGUUUCGGUCGAAUGUUUGGAAGUGAUCGAGGAGCACGAUCUGAAUGACAUAUUUAACGACGAAAGGGCCAUCGGGCAGAAGAUAUUGCUGCGGCAUCGGUUGCGCGAGUGGCGCAAGGGACUGCACUGGAACUCCCCAGAGCACCCGACCCCAAAGCGUCGCUUCGAGCGCCAUUCCAUCGACCCAUUGGAGGUGGAAAAGAAACCUCGCAUCUCAACCAGCAAUUCCUUUCACGAGUCUUCCUCAUCCACCCCCAACAUUAUCCUCCCGGACACUCGCAAUCCAUCCGGCGGCAGUGGAAUACCAUCCUCAUCCACUUCCGCGUCAUCCUCCAUAACGGGCGCAGCCCUAUCCAGCAGCAACCAUGGUUCCUCCUCCGGAAACGCCAUCACCGACGCCGGUAGUCUCCCGAUCCAGAUCUCACCGGAAGCGCUGGCCGGUUUUCUCCAGGGCAGUCGCUCGGGCCGGUGGGUACUGAAAUUCUUCGCCGAAAACCACCACCUGGACAAAAAGGCCCUAACCGAGCUGACGCACGUCGUCGUCGAGCCGUUCCUGGUGUUCAACAUCACCUUCACGCACGCCCUGAUGCGACACUACGCCGAGGUCAUCUGCCAGCUGUUCCACUCGGAACAGGUCGAAACGUUCUACUGCCCGCGGAACAUGAUCCGCAAGAACCCGACGGGGAAACUGUACGAUCGGUACGUGAACCAGCGGUUGCGCUACAAAACCAAGUUCAACGCCCAAAGGCCGACGUUCGUGCCGGACACCCAUCUGAAUCGGACGUUCGCCGAAAUGAGCACGGUGACGCUGUCGUCGAUGAUGCAACAACAUCAUCAUCAGCAGCAGCAACAACAACAACAAGCGCAACAUUAUAUGGAUUAUUCCGAUCCGAGGGGGUAUGGCCGGGCCUCGCCGCCGCCGGAAACUUUCAGCGAGGAGUCGAUGAACAUCUACGGCGGGGACGAGGGGUCUAUUCUGAUUGAUGGUAACUGAAGUACAAAUGGAGAGUACGACUGGGAGAUGAUACAAGCAUUUAUAAUAGGAUAAGCAAUAUACCAGAAACUUUUAGGUUGUAUUAUU